AUGGAGCAAUUCGAGGGCGGUGUCGUUAAUGUUUUGAUAUCGACCAGGGCAGCAGCCAGAACUUCAGGGAGAGUCGAAGAUGAUAUCAAUGCCUAUGUCAAUACUCAGAGUUGGCGUCGAGUAUUCUUAAAUGAUUUUUUUGACGAUGUCCACAAAGUUGUUGAGAGCUGUGUGACAAUUAUGAUCCCGAAAUGCAAGAGCGACCAGUCAACCUACCACUAG